AUUAAACGCAACAAUCCGUGUCUCUUGCACCGUAUCCGGAUCUCCGUAAAGCUAAUCUGCGCCUUUCCCGGAGUGAAUCACGCUCGCUUCAACUAAGGAAGAUCCGCCAGAUAGAGUGGUCCGUGAAGUGAAGUGAAUCGUUCAGCUGAUGGCGAAACGUGGGCAACCGACGUGGCAGACACCGGAGGAGAAACCGGCACCGCGCCUGCACCUCUACAACAGCCUAACGCGGCGAAAGGAACUGUUCGUACCGCGCGAUGGCCGUAAUGUGCAGUGGUACAGCUGUGGUCCAACCGUAUACGAUGCGUCACACAUGGGGCAUGCCCGGUCUUACAUCAGCUUCGACAUCCUGCGCCGUGUGCUGAGCGAUUAUUUCGGGUACAACGUGCUGUACGUGAUGAACAUUACGGAUAUCGAUGACAAGAUCAUCAAGCGGGCUCGCCAGAACCACCUGUACGAGCAGUACCUGGAGGAGGCCAAGGCGGUUCCACUCGAACGGCUGCUCGAUGAUAGCCAGGAGGUGAUGGCUGCUUUCCGCGAGAAUGUCGCGCGCACAACGGACACCGAUAAGCGAGCGAUGAUGGAUCGGAUGCUGGAGCGGUUGACGGUGGCCGUGGACAAUUUAUCGCUUGCCGUGGGCAGUGGCAAGGCCGAGCAAGUCAACCAAGCCAAAGAGCAGCUGCUGCACGAUUCCAAGGACCCUCUGUCGGAGCUGCUGGACAGCAAGCGGGGCUCGUCGGUGACGGAGAAUGCUAUUUUCGAGACGCUACCGAGGUACUGGGAAGAUGAGUUCCAUAAGGAUAUGCGCGCCCUGAAUGUCCUGCCGGCCGAUGUGCUGACGCGUGUCAGCGAAUACGUGCCCGAGAUCGUCACGUACAUCGAGCGUAUCAUCGAGCGUGGACUGGCGUACGAGGCGAACGGAUCGGUGUACUUCGAUGUCGCACGGUUCGAUGGCCGACCGGAGCAUCAUUAUGCGAAGCUCGUCCCUGAAGCGUACGGUGAUGCGCGGCAGCUGCAGGAAGGUGAAGGCGAUCUAAGCACCGGAGAGGAUCGUUUGGGAGAGAAACGAUCGCCGAACGACUUCGCACUGUGGAAGGCCAGUAAAGCGGGCGAACCGUGGUGGGAUAGUCCGUGGGGUAAGGGACGUCCUGGAUGGCACAUCGAGUGCUCAGCCAUGGCAUCGGCAAUCUGUGGUGACUAUCUCGAUAUACACACGGGUGGUGUGGAUCUCAAGUUCCCGCAUCACGACAACGAGCUGGCCCAGAGUGAGGCGCACGAUGGUAGCAGCGAGUGGGUGAAGUACUUCCUCCACACGGGCCACCUCACGAUCGCUGGCUGUAAGAUGUCGAAAUCGUUGAAGAACUUCGUCACGAUCCAGCAAGCACUCGAGCGGCAUACGGCCACCCAGCUCCGGUUGGCAUUCCUACUGCACUCGUGGAAGGACACGCUCGAUUACUCGGACAACACGAUGGAGAUGGCGGUGCAGUAUGAGCGGUUGCUCAACGAGUUCUUCCUCAACGUGAAGGAUCUGACGCGCCACGUCGUGGCCGGUAAACCACGCGAUGCCUUCGAUCGCUGGACACCGGUAGAAGCCGAGUUAGAGCGCAAGUUCGGAGAAACGAAAGCGGCCGUCCAUGAGGCGCUGUGCGAUAACGUUGACACACGAUCGGCACUCGAUGCUAUUCGUGGACUUGUGUCGCUGUGCAAUGUGUACAUCAAGGAGCAUCGUACCAGCCGGACCCUGAAUGCGUUGCUGUUGCGUCGUAUCGCUUCCUACUGUACGGAUCUGCUGCACAUCUUUGGUGCCAUCGAAGGACCACGGGGUGGUAUCGGAUUUCCGAUCGCUUCCGGAUCGGCUGGAAAUGCUGGUCCGGUUGAUCUCGAACAAACCGUGAUGCCUUACCUAUCCACACUGGCCGAAUUCCGUACGGCAGUGCGUGAACAAGCCCGCACGCUCAAGGCAACGGACAUUCUCAAGCUGUGUGAUGCCCUGCGGGAUGAUCUGCUACCGGCGCUCGGUGUACGGCUCGAGGAUCGCGACGAUGGCACACCGUCCGCCCUGAAACUCGUCCCGGCCGAACAGCUGGCCAAAGAGCGGGAAGCUAAACGUGCCGAGGAAGCCCGUCGAGCCGAAGAGAAGGAACGCAAGCGUGCCGAACUGGCAGCAGCACAGGCGGCCAAAGAUGCCCAGCGUAAGAUCAAUCCGGUCGAGAUGUUCCUCACAGAGACGGACAAGUAUUCGGCCUUCGAUCCUGCUACCGGACUGCCAACGCUCGAUGUGGAGGGCAAGGAGGUUAGCAAGGGGCAGCUUAAGAAGCUGCAGAAACUUCAGCAGGCCCAGGAGAAACGCUAUCAAGAGUACCUAGCGUCGCUCAAAGCGUGAUGAUCUCGGCGUCCGGACACUGCCAGAAUAAUCCCUAAAAAUGCAUUUUUUCUUCCUUUAACUUAUCUGUAACCAAAUAAAAACAGGCAAC